AUGUUAAGUAAUGCUCGUAAAUAUAUUCCACCAUGUCAAAGUCGAUUUUGUCAUCAACCUAUAAAGGAAAUUGCAAAUACAGAAUAUGAAACAGUAUUAAGUUCAGUACAACAAUGUCUUAAACGUAAUGAAAUGUCAAUUACUGAUCAACGUGCAAAGCAAUCAUUUGCAGAUUUAGAACGAAUCAUGCAUGAUUUAUAUUGCAAACGAUUACCACGUAAAUUAUAUCGACGUGCUCGACGUGAAUAUAAACAAGUCAAACGUCUCCAAAAAAUAUUACAUCGUCGUUCAGAUAUGAUGAUAUGCCGAAUUGAUAAAGGUGAAGGUUUCUAUAUUGGUGAUAAAUCUAUUAUGCAACACAAAACUCUCGAAUAUAUGAAUAAAACUGAAGCUUAUCAAGAACUUACUAGUGAUUAUUGUCCUUUGACUGAUAUAUUACAUGCAACAACAAGUGUUCUCGAUUAUCUCAUUAAGAAAAAAGUUAUUACAACAGCUCAACGUGAUAAACUUUUACCGAAUUUAGAAAAACUUGAACUACCUUAUCUGUAUCCAUUACCAAAAAUACAUAAGCUUGGAAUUCCCAUCAGACCCAUCGUUUCUGCACUAUAUGCACCAGUAAAUUUAAUUUCAAAAUUUUUGUAUAAACUUUUAUCACCGAUCUACCUACAAGUGGCCCAUGAAACAACAGUGAUAAAUAGUAUUGAUUGGGUUCGUAAAUUAGAAAAAUAUACAGCCGAUGGAUAUCUUAAAUCAACAACAAACUUUAUUACAGCAGAUGUUGAAAAUCUUUAUACGAUGAUACCAAGAGAAGGUGGCCUUCAUGCAUUAUUACGAUUUUUAGAAAAAUAUUCAAACCAUAGCAAGAUAGGACCAUUUAGUAUAGAUAUGAUAAUGAAAAUGGCUCGUCUCAUUUUGGACACUAACUAUUUUGCAUAUAUCAAUAAAUAUUAUAAACAAACUCGUGGUGGAGCUAUGGGCUCUGCCUUUACUCAAGUAUAUGCCAAUAUAUAUAUGUUACAAUGGGAACAAAACUUAAUUGAAUAUCAAGCAUCAAAGAAUGAAAUUUAUGGAAGAUAUAUUGACGAUAUUUUUAUGACUACCAAUGAAUCAUAUGACGUAAUCACAGCCGUACUUCAACAAGCACAAAAACAAGAUGUUAAUAUUAAAAUAAAUCCAACUAUGAGUAAUUCUGUUAAUUUUCUCGAUAUUACUAUUACCAAUAUAAACGGAAAGCUAAGAACAUCGAUCUAUCACAAGCCUACAGCUGAUCCUUAUUACUUACCAUAUCAAUCAGACCAUCCACAUACUAUUCAUCGCAAUAUACCAUACACUACCUUAGUACGUGCAGCACGUCUUUGUUCAAAUCUUCACGAUUUUCAUCGGGAACGUUUACGAAUUCACGUAUCCCUAUUAUUAAAUAGCUAUCGACCCCAUUUUAUCUCAAAUCACUUUCAACGAUUCUUUCAAGUACAUAAAGCCGAUAUUCUAUAUAAAUACUUCGACGAAAACACCUAUUCUCAAUUACAUCGACAAUUACUAUAUCAAACUUCAAAGCGUGAACUAGAAGAACAAGCUAUGAAAAAAGAUCCUGUUCUAUUUCCACCAGUAUUACAACAGCGACCAUGGAAUCAAAGGCUAAUGUAUAUUAGACAUCGAUAUGAAACUGGAUAUAUUUCGAAGUUUUCCAAAAUAUUUCGCGGAUGGUGGAAAAAACAUUAUCAAUCGCCAGGAUCAGAAGCCAAUCGCAUACAACUUCGACUCAUGCCUCUCACAAAUCGAUCAUUACAAAAUUACCUCAUACGCAAAAAGCCAAGAAAAAGUAUUCUCACCAAACUGGACAUUAAGACAGAACAUGCCAUAUGAAACAUAUAUUUCUCGACAAAAUCAUUGUACAUUGUGUAAAGCGUGUUACUGAUGAAAACUUUCAUACAAAAUAAAAAAAACAUAGCCAAAAAAAACAGUUUAAUCACAAAAAUCACCACAUUAAAAUAAACCUUAUCCUAUUUUAGAUAAAACAUGUACACUAUAUCAACAAAAAUCUACUAUGUUACAAUGAACAACUUAUACGAAAACAUCACCAACUCCAAAACACAUAAAGAAGGUCAGUUUUCUACUUAAAACUCAAAACUUUACCGCAAUAAUCCAAUAUCCCAUACCUUUACAGCAAUAUAUGACUUCCUCUAGCCACAUACAUCUAUACAGAUAUGAAGACUCCCCGCAGCAAAGAAAAUCAGUGAACACUGAAAAUCCAUGACGCCUAAAUAUCAUAUCCACAUUACAGUGUGAUGCUCUGAAUUUCGAGUCUUGAGUUCUUUAUUAUUAUAUGA